AUGACGAAUCUCAAGACAACAAAUACGGAAUUUCUUCCUCGUGAACCUCAGAAUCCUCAAGAACUUGCUGAUUUGGUUCAAAAUACAAUGACUCAAAUACAAGAAAAAUUCGGACAAAUGAGUGAUUCAAUUAUGAAAAGAAUUGAUGAUUUGGGUCAACAAAUCGAUGGUCUCGAACGUAACAUAGCACAGGUCAUCGCAAAUACAAAUGCUGAAGCUUCAUAA